UGAUUCUUCUAAACAUUUGUAACAUUUUUGACGGAAGUCAGAGCUCACUGACGGGAUGGCCCACGCGGCCUCUUUGCUCGUUCUCAUUUCGCUGGUCUCACUAGGCGUCGGACAGUUGAGGACAUAUGUAAUCAGUGUUAAUAAUGGAGGAUCGUGGGGUGAGUGGGGAAGAAUCGAAUGGUGUCCUGAUGGCUACGUGGCCAAAGGUUUCUCUAUGAAGGUAGAAAAAGAACAGGGGGAUGGAGACGAUACGGCCGUGAACGGAAUUCGACUCCACUGUGUCCCACGUUCUGGCAUUAACCUUGAGGUCAGAAUUACUUCUUCAGAAGGACAAUGGGGCAGAUGGACUUCCACUUACUGGUGUGAUAACAGCUACCUAGUCAGUUUCUCAUUAAAAGUGGAGGAAAAACUGGGGUCUGGCGAUGACACCGCGGUCACCAACAUCAUGUUUAGGUGCAUGGAAAAUCUAAUAAUACAAGGAGAUGGGCUACCAUGGGGCUUCCACGGAUCGUGGAGCCAGUCAUGUGAAAAAGGAAUAUGUGGGAUCCUGACCAAGGUUGAGGAACCCCAAGGUAGUGGAGAUGACACGGCCCUCAACGAUAUUCAAUUCUUUUGCUGCCCCAGUGAAAACAAAUAAUUUUCUUUAAAAAAGUUUUACCGGCCGAUACUAAAGUUUAAAAAAAUCUUCCUAUACUGUUCAUGUAUAAGGAUAAAUAAACGUAAUUAUGAAACGCA